GUUUCUCCAAACAUCCUUGAAUCUACAUCCAGUUACCAAGGCUAUGACCUCGAGUUCAACCGAGUGGACUUAAUUUCUCCCACAAUGCAACUGCCCAGCGAUCCAAAAUGUCGGAUGUAAACAUUUAGAAAUUGUAGCCUUUCCAGUCUGUUUCAUGGCUCUUCCAGGAUGGUUACAUAGAAAUUAAUGAUGUAUGAAAGAUGCCUACACAUACAAGGACAGUGGGGCCUCGGAAUCUGAGCACAAAACUGCCAGACAUACGAUAUAACUCAACAUCACCUCGAGCAACUCCACUACAUCCCACAAGGAACGCAUACCAGCAAUCACAUUUUAACAAUCAGCAAACAAUCAAGAAAAUUCGUGAAUGGUUUGAUACCUGGACACCAUGGCAGCAAAGGUUGAUUAUUUGUGGUCUAACAGACAGGUGUACCACAAGCCAGUUAGAAUCACUUGCUACAACCUUAGAGCCCAUAUUCCACAGGGAUUACCACACAGCACUCAGGAAGAGAUCUUACCCCACAUCUCCAUUCAAAACUCUACAUAAACGAGAACAGUUCAGGAACACUCUCAGCAGAUUAAAAAGUAGAAGUGACCAUUCAAGAGGAUCUCACAAAGGUCUGAAAACUGCGAAAGAAGAUCAGGAAGAUGACCUGUUAGACACAGAUCGACCAUUUUCCAAGGAUAGUUUGAAAACAUAUUCUAAAAUCUCUGAAGGAGAUAUCGAGGAUGCAACAAGUUCAGCAUUUGAAUUUAAUGAAAGCAUUAAGACACCAAGUAUUAAGGAGCCUGAUGUAACCCAUGAACCAGAUAUUGACUUAGAGGAUGCAUAUAACAAUUUUAAAGAGAUAAGUAAUACAUCCCUGAAAAAGGAGAAAAGUUUGGACAUGGUGUUUGGAAUGAAAGCAGAACUAGAUGGAAAUCAAAACACAAGUCAAAAUCAAACUCCUGAUAAAACAGAAAAGUCCAUAACAAAUGUAAGCUUGCCUGAAACUGCUGCCUCAAAUGAGCCAUCCGUACUUGCCAAUGAUAAGAAACUAGACAUUACCAAUGAGAAUGAUAUUACUGAUUCUACUAAUGCCAAUGUAGAAAACAGCAAUGCCAACACAGAUUUGAAUAAGCCAGAUACCAAGCAACAUGAUACCAUUUCAGACCUUAAUGAUGAGAAAACCAUUGAAUCUGUAAAUUCAGUGGAUACUAGUACUAAGCUAGAAAGAGUUGUACAUGAAGUUGUUAACACCUCUAUAGAUACAGCUAUUCAAAACUUAGAAUCAAUUAACUUUUUUGCCGAUGACUCUGAAAUUAAAGCAUCAGGGACAACAGAUCAUGACACUACAAGUGCAAAAGGAAUACUGAAAAAGUCUACAAGAAAAUACCCCCUACGUCCUAUUACAGAGCUUAGUUAUAAUCUAGGGGGCACAGAAAGUGAGAGUGUUGCUGUGUAUAGUCCACGUUUUAGCCCCACCCCUGGGGUUCACAGACACAGGUCCACUCUUGGGUCAACAGGAUUAAAUGCAAGUGAUUUCUUUCUCAAAGAUAAACAGGAUAAGUUUGGUCCAAUGCAGAGAGAAUGCAGACAUGGGAGCCAUUCUCCUGAAUCCCAAGAGUUCCAAGUGCCAAUACAACGUCUCUAUAAGAACAGUAAAUGGUGGACAGAAAGUGAUGACCGAGUUCUCUCCAAGCCUAGAACGGGAAAACUAAAAACCCAGUUUAAGGCACAGAUUAAGUUUCUGUGGGAGAUAAUGUCAAGCUGGGAGAGUCAUGACAAGAUCUUGCUAUUAGUUGAGAUAAUUAAACUUUGUGACAUGGAACUACUUGGCUAUGCGGCACAGUGUCUUCAACAGAGAUUGGAAGACAUGUCAGACAUCAAUAGGCUCCCAGACAAGUUAUUACUGUACACAUUCUCAUUUCUCUCUGGGGAUGACAUAGAAAUAACCUCACAGGUUUGCAGACGUUGGAAAUAUCUUUGUAACAAGGACUCACUCUGGAUGUACAAGUGCCACCAAGUGGGGACACGUGAGGGAAUACCAAAUGUCAUAGAGGUCAUGCAGAAGGCAAGUGGGGCGGGGCAAAGCAUUGAUUGGCAGCUCGCAUACUGGGAGCUUGAAGAGAUUGUGGAGGAGGUGAAGAAAUCUAUAGCCAAGCCUGAAAAAGUUGCAUGGGAAGAGAAGACUCCAACAGGAAUGUUAAGGCUUGGAGGUAGAUUUGUGCCAAAACCAACAAAGAAAGAUGCAUUAGAUGUAGGAAUGGAUAUAGAUAAUGUUGAUGAGCUUGGGAGUACAUCUCCAAGAAGUAAACAUACAGAUUCAAACAAGAGAUCUGAAUCUAGUUCUCCAAAGCAUGCGAAAUUAAAAUGGGCGAAAGUGGCUGUUCGUAUCAAGCCAGUGGUCAGGAUUAAAAGGAAGGAUUGGAGAAAAGACGAUGAUGACAGUGACACUAGCAGUAUAUCAGAGGAUCUCAGCAUAUACUCCCCAAAUCAUGGAGAGAGAGAAGAUGGUGUUAAGUCUGAUGUGACUAAGGUGGGCAGAAGAAACAAACAGACCCUGUACAGUUACAUGAAGAAGGUGAUCGCAGCCAAGAAAAAGAAAAGUUCCAAUACAGAUUCACAGCCAGAAUUUCCUCUGUUGGAGAAUAAAGACAAGUACUUGAAACGUGCGACAAAGAAGAAGAUUGAUGUGGACCAAGAGGUUGCUUUAGACAUACGUCCUGAAUUGUGUCAAGCUAAAGAUAUAUUAAAACAGUAUUAUGGUAAAAUAAUUGGCAAGGCCAGUGUACAGGAAUUACAAGGAUUAACUGGCAAUGUUCGUACUCUGAAACGAUGUCGAAGAUUACAGGGUCAUAUGGACUCAGUUCUUUGCCUGAACUUUGACAAAAAACGUCUCAUCACUGGUUCAAUGGACCGCAGUAUACGAGUAUGGGACAUCCGCAGUGGGCGCAGCAUCCAUAAACUAUACGGCCAUAAGGGUGGGGUCAGGUGCCUGCAGUUUGAGGGAGAAAUGCUUGUGUCUGGCUCCUGGGAUAUGAUGGUAAUGGUGUGGGAGCUGGUUAGAUUUGAACGUAUUGCUGUGCUGCAUGGCCACAAGGGUGCAGUGACCUGUCUGAAAUAUGUGGAUAAAGUACUAGUGACAGGUUCUCAUGAUAAAACAGUGAGGGUGUGGUCACUGCAUAGUUACACAAGCAUGAGCGUCAUAGAACCUGGACACACAUCUGCUAUAACUUGUCUAGAGUUUGAUGGCACUAAAGUUAUAACAGGAUCCAAUGAUGGGAGUGUAAGAAUCAGUGAUGUCAGCACAUCAGAAUGUACAGCUGUCCUGUAUGGAUCUGAACCAUUCCUCUCCUUAGCUGUUGAGCAGAACCUGAUAUUAGCAGGCAACACUGAAGGCCAUGUGUACUUCUUUGACCAGAACACAAUGAAUACUAUGGCUGCCUUUGUGGCCCAUGAGAAACCCAUCAAUGCUAUAACAUUCAGGAAAGGAAAAUUCUUCACGGCAUCUAGUGAUACAGUGAUUAAAGAAUGGAAUCUGAUGACGAUGAUGUGUGUGAGAGAGUUGCAUGGCCACAAGGGGCCUGUCAAUGAUAUUAAGGUGGAUAAGGAAAAGUUUGUUAGCUGCAGCAAUGAUGGAAACAUUAGAAUCUUUGAGUUAACUAUGCCUUGGGUCAACAUUCUUGAGAGAGCCUAUGAUGACAGCAUACCUUCACAUGUUGUUUAUAAGCAAAAAUAAGAAACAAUUCUGAGACAAUUUAGUCCUUAGACUAUAACGCUUAUGAAUACUUGGACGUUAAAGCCUUCAAAUUAUCAUUAAACAUUAAAGUUUAGGGUGAAAAAAGGCCUACUUAGGUUAAUAUCAAGUGGGCUAUUCUUAAACAAUAAAACCUGUCAUGAAAGGCCUAAACAGGUCACUAUCAAGUGGUUUAUUCUUAAAUAUAGCCUAUCAUGACAGACCUGAUCAGGUCACUAUUAAACAGCCAAUCCUUUAUAACAAACACAAUAAAUAAUGAACUUUUAACCAUUAACAAAACAUAUUUAAAAA